CUUUAUUGAAAUUAAUAAAUAAUUUUCCAGAGAUGUUCAAGAAGCUAUACGUCUCGUACGGAGUCUACCAUGCAAAUAACAUAAACAAAAUGCUCCAUGCGGUGUUCAUCCCUGCAAUGAUGUUCUUUGGUUUCAGUAUCAGCCAACAUUUUCCAAUUUGUGAUAUCAACAUAAUGUAUGAUAAGCUGGAUGUUGGACUGAUCUUGGUCACAAUCAUUCCAAUAUUAUACCUUCUCAUCGAGCCUGUUGUAGGAGUAGUUUCAUUCUUAUUCUACCAGAUCCUGUAUGAUUUGAGCAUCGUACUUUACCAUAUGCAGUCCCAUAGGAUAUUCUUGCUCAACAAGCACUUCCAAUAUUGCAUAAUUGGCUUUCUUUUCUGAAAUGGCAUGAUAUUUAUAGGUCAUAAAUUCUUCGAAGUGAGGCCUCCUAACCCAAUUGCUAAUUUCAAAUACCUAAUUUUUGAGCCAGCAGUUGUGGUCUUUGAAAUCCUCAGCUUCCUAGGCUACAGGAGCGAUAUUGCAGAAUGGAGGGAGCUCUCUAAUGACAUUAAUGCCAAGUACUUAGAAGAAAAAGAGCAAGCUAUGGAUAAUAAGAAGGAAAAUUAGAGAAUUAAUAAUAACUAGGUUCAGACUUUAUCUCUGGUGGAUGUUCAACCCUUCACUAGAAUGUCAGUUACAUUUCAGCUAGGAUCACGU